AAUUUAUAUAUAUAUAUAAUUUUUUUGUUUGAAAUAAAAUAUACAACAGAAUAAUAAUAAUAAUAAUAAUAAUAAUAACAAUAAUAGCAGCUGCUGAUCGCGUCUUUAUUUUCCGCUGAUCGAUCGGCUCUGAUCGAUCACUGAAGCCGCCUGCGCAGCUCCGCUCCCCGCCCUCCUCUUCAUCAUAUCCCGUUGUCUCACUGGAGGAUGACUCGGUUGGAGGCUAGCAGCUAACCGGGCGGGUGUCUCAUGCCCCUUGUUGUUUCGUGGUGGUCCCGUGGAGCCGUUCCCGUCUCGACCCGGUCCGGACUGCAGGUGUGCGCUGCCCGGAGCGGCCCGGAGCUCGGCGCGGAGAUGCAGCAGCUGUUAUGUAAGAGCGGAGCCGCUAACGUUAGCCCGCCGCCAUGAAUGACGCGCAGCAAGAAAUGUCUCCGGACUUUGUCCUGAUGCGGCUCGUCUCUGCCGCGGAGUACGACCGGCUGGACGAGCCCGACGACCUGAUCCGGUCCGCAGGCGGCGGGUUCGGACCGGUGAAAGCCGCGCUGGGACACCGCGGUGGCGGGUUUGAUGUGGACCCCAGCGGCCCCUCUGCAGGCCUCGGAUCCGCAUCCCCGCACUAUAGUUCGCCCCUCCCCGGGAAGGGUGAGCUGGACGGCGGCCUGGGGUUGUCGCAGGUCCCGCCGAGGUCCGAGGCGAAGCUGUCCCCGCCGCCUGAGGAUUUUGCCGCAGCAGCACAGCGGUUCGUGGACAGUUCGGGUGGACACGGAUCCAGGGCACAGCUGAUGGUGUUGCAGAACCUGCUGCGGUCCGGAUUGGAGCAGCCGCCAGCAGGGUUCCUGCAAGAGGAAACAGAGAGACAGAAGCUAGACUCGGGACCAGGGACAGGUUCUGCUAGCACAACAUCUGGUCCCAGAACUGGAGGAGGGAAAGAGCAGAACUCUGGCUGUGUACCAUCCCCGGAGGAAAACCUACAGUGGCACCCAGUCGUUAGACUGUCCAAAGGAUCUGAUGGGCCACAGAACCCUCAGCAGGUCCCAUCUUUGGCCUCUGAAUCCAUUCCAGUCCUGUGCCACAGACACCAACUGGCAAAGUGGCCACCGGGUCUGUUGGACCAGGCUCUGCGCCUGGGUCUGUUAGAGUCUAGGAAAGAUGAAGAUCCAGUUCUGGUUCUGGCCCAGAAACUGGGUCAGCUGGGUGAGUGCAGAGAGGGAGUGGGAGGCAGUGGCGAAGAUGUGGUACUCCCCCUUCCUCGCUGCUCCUGCCACAGCAUCUUGGCCACGGGGCCAGGUGUGCCCGGUGAGGACCCGGGUGACACCAGCGAUGCCCUGCUGGUUCUGGAAGGUCUGGGCUCUGAGCAGGUUGGGGAACUGUCUCAGGGGGGAUGCAGAGAUGGAGAGUACACUAAGAAAGAAGAGGAGGUGGGGGGAGUUGGUGCAGGGGGGACACCUGGGGGAGCGGCAACUGUCUUCUGUGCUGGGACACUGAGCGGUCUGAUGCGGCAGGUCCACAGACUGGCUGAGGAGGCAGGGGUCUGCACCGAGCAGAAUUGCCGCUCCACCGUGUCCCCCCCAAUUAGCAGCAGCACCACUUGCCCGUACCCUGCUGUCCCCCCACAGGGCCCUCCAGAUGCAGCAGUCAUCAGCAGCACCCACAUCCCUCCUGACCCAGGCCCUCGCCCACAGCAUCAGCAUCAGUCCCGAUCUCAGCCGCAGAGCCGUGCCGCCACCCCAAAGCUCGGUGUGGCCUCAGGGGGACCAGGGCGACCUGCCUCACCCCUGGUGGUUCUGGAGGGGGAGGGGGAGAAGACAUCACGGGGAAAGUCAAGGAAGGCAGGAUCCCUUAAAGUCCGACUCAGCAAGCUGUUUAGAACCAAGAGCUCCAGUGGGGGGUCGGGUGGUCUGCUGGACAAAAGACCGUCGCUGGCGUCGUCCACCUCAUCAGGGGGGAGUCUGCUGGAUGUGUGGGGGUCAACCUGCAGCAGUACGGACCAGGACAGCAGCAGGCUGCAGGUAUCCAGACCUCACAGUGCCUUCUCCCCGGUGCCGUUCACUCCUGCUUUCACCGGUGAGACGGUCUCUCUGGUCGAUGUGGAUAUCUCUCACAGGGGGGGGAGCUGUCACCACCCCCCCACCCCUCCCCCCCCACCCAGACGGAGCCUCAGCCUGCUUGAUGAUUUCGGGGGUCCUCCUCAGCAUCACGGACCCUUCAUGGAACGGAACGUGGGAGCAUCGAUGCAGUCUCUGCCCCCACGACCCAUGGCCCUGCACCCCACACUGAGCACCAUCCAACACAGCCUGAGCCUCAACGACACGUUCCUGCAAGGUUUACCCUGCCCAGUACCACUUCGGCCAGAUGGUCAGAACCCCCCACCCCGACUCGCCCCUCGCUGCCCCCUGAGCCGACCCGACGCCGGCAGCUUCGCCACCAGCCUCAGGGAGCUGGAGAAGUGUGGCUGGUACUGGGGCCCGAUGAACUGGGAAGAUGCUGAGAUGAAGUUAAAAGGGAAACCGGACGGAUCGUUUCUGGUUCGGGACAGUUCGGAUCCUCGAUACAUCCUGAGCCUGAGCUUCCGGUCGCAGGGAGUCACACACCACACACGCAUGGAGCACUAUAGAGGAACCUUCAGUCUGUGGUGCCAUCCGAAGUUCGAGGACCGCUGUCACUCCGUGGUCGAGUUUAUUGAGAGAGCCAUCAUGCACUCCAAGAAUGGAAAGUUCCUCUACUUCCUGCGCUCCAGAGUCCCAGGUCUGCCUCCGACUCCGGUCCAGCUCCUGUAUCCGGUCUCCAGGUUCAGCAGCGUCAAGUCUCUGCAGCAUCUGUGUCGGUUCUGCAUCAGACAGCUGGUCCGGAUAGACCACAUUCAGGAGCUGCCGCUGCCCACGCCUCUGAUCGCUUACCUGAGGAAGUUCUACUACUACGACCCUGAGGAGGAGAUUAGUCCCAUGCUGCAGGACGGGAAGGAGGCCAAGGAGCGAGGCUCGGAGCCUAGCAGCCAGCCGGGAGUCGAGUCCCAAACGUAGCACUGGAGCCGGGGCACAUCGUGAGUCCAUCCACAGGUCUUUUCUUUCUCUGUUUCUGGACUCGAUCACUGAAGGACGUUCAAAUAUUCAAACUGGACUCUGACUGCAGCCAAUGGGCUCCCUUCGCUCAGUCUCGUAUCCAGGCGGGUUUCAGAUGAUCCUCCCUCAUCUGAUUGGCUCACAGGGAGCUGACAGGAGAGGGACAGGGGAUAAGGAGACUCCGCCUCCUUUUUGAUGUCAUCACUGAUCAGCUGGACUGAAGCGAACGUGACGUCACCGUCGGGAAAACGCUGAAAACUCGACGAGGAGAGAAACUGUUGGUCGUCUCCAGGAUCCAUAAACUUCCAAAAGCCCGAGUCGGAGAACGCUGUGGAGUUUAACGUUGUGUCAGGAACCUUGGAUGUUUUCAUCGGUUCUACAAGAAUCAUCUCUGUUUACUUUUCCUUUUGCUGGAGACCUUGUUGAAGUGUCAAGGGACGUCAGCAGGGGGCGCUGUUUUGUGGUACAACACGGUUAUUUUGGGACCCAUCUGAGGAGAUGAAGUCCGGAUCAGUGGAAUCAGCUGCUCCGAUAAUCAAUAUUCAGCUUUUAAAUCAAACUAAUAUUCACAACGCUUCAUUUCAGAUUUCAGUUUUUAAACUUCUCUGUUUUCAGCUGAACAAAAGAAAAUAAAAAAUCAGCUGCAGCUUUAAACUGU